GCCCGGUCCUCCUCUCCGAAGUUGAGCACCGGACCGCAGUCCGAGCGGCGGACCGUCCCGAGGCAGGAAGGGUGCGGGAAAGCAGCGGCUUCAUCUGCGGAUCUUGCGGGCAUCCACCGACCAACCAUGGCUGACCACGCCAUUGACUCGAGGCAUCGGCGUGUUACUGCUGCCCUGAGGACGCCAUCGCUGGCAGCCAUCAUGCUUAGCCUAGCGGCUGCUGUAAGCGGCGAGGAAGAGGGCAGCCUCCGGCUGGUCAUCGGCGCUCGCGUGACGACGCACGAGGGCCGCGGCAACGUGGAGAUCUUCCACGCCGAUCGGUGGGGCUCCGUGUGCGACGACGAGUGGGACACCCGCGACGCCCAGGUUGUAUGCCGCAUGCUGGGACACGGGAACGCCUCGGCGCGCGUCACUGUCAGCGCGCACUUCGGAAAAGCGCUCAGACCUAUACUGAUGGACAACAUAUACUGCACGGGCGAGGAGCUUCACAUCGAGGAGUGCCCGUUCGACGGGUGGGGAGUACACGACUGCGGCAGGGACGAGGCCGCUGGUGUCGAGUGCCAACUACCGCCACCGCCGACGACCCCUGGUCCGCCGUCGCCAGUAAAUGUGAAGAAGAAGAUCAGGAGUCGCAGCCGGGGCAGCGUCAAGUUGCGGCUAGUCGGCGGCAGGAUCCGCAACGAGGGCCGCGUCGAAGUUUACAUUCCCAAGCGUGGGUGGGGCACCCUGUGCGGGGACGGCUGGGGCCUCCUCGAAGCGGCUACGGUCUGCCGACAGCUGGGUCUAGGCUAUGCCGACGCAGCAGUACAGGGGGACUACUUUGGUGGCGUGAACGAGACCAUGAUGCUGAGCGGUGUCCAGUGCACGGGUCUGGAGAAGAACCUCGCCGACUGUCUCCAUGACCAGCUGGGCGUAGGCUCCGUCACCUGUCCAGGAGUAGGGGACAGCGUCGCCGGCGUCGUCUGCGUGCGAGACCAAGCCGACCUGGUGAUUGACGAAGAUGAGGUUCAGCGGUCAGCCUACCUGGAAGACCGGCAGCUGCUGUACCUGCAGUGUGCAAUGGAGGAGCACUGCGUCUCCGCUUCCGCCUACGCGCUCAAGGCGGACGCCGGUUGGCUGUACGAGAGUCGGCGCCUGCUUCGCUUCACAGUUCGCGUGGCGAACGUGGGCACGGCUGAGUUCAUGCCUUUCUUGCCGAAGCACGCCUGGAUCUGGCACUCCUGCCACAUGCAUUACCACUCGAUGGAAGUGUUCGCUCACUACGACGUACUGGACGUGGCCGGACAGCGCGUAGCCGAGGGUCACAAGGCGAGCUUUUGCCUCGAGGAUAACGUGUGCCAACCCGGAGUGGACAAGCGCUACAACUGCGCAAACUACGGCGACCAGGGAAUCUCCGUCGGCUGCACCGACACCUACGCACACAACAUCGACUGCCAGUGGGUCGACAUGACCGAUGUGCCUCACGGACACUACACGCUCAAGGUGUCCAUCAACCCGGAAUACAAAAUGGCUGAGAUGAGCUACGAUAACAACGCUGCUGUGUGCGACCUCAUCUACACGCAGACCUACGCUGCGGUCACAAACUGCACCCUUGGAAGGCCGUGAGCUUGCGGCGACAACGAGCAGGCUCCUUGCCCAAGAGAACGCGCAUCUCGGGAAUCGUCGAGAUAAAUGUGAACGCCCAAAUGUGUCCCUUCAGAUUCUGCCCACUGUACUACACACCUGUCAUUGGUUCGUGCUGCGCUAAGUCUCAGUAAUGACCAUUUCAAAGAAACGGACAACUCGAACCUCCGUGAUUCCUUUUCUGUUCUUCUUUUUAGCAAAAACGAUUACGUCAGCUGAAGCAACCAGGCCCGCAUGACAGCAUCUUGGUAACAAUGAAUUAGCUAGAAAGACCGUCACGUGUUCUGUUUAUCCGCCUACUGGGAUCGGCGUUUCGUCAGAAUGGCUCAAAUGCUGUACAUUUUACAUACGUACGUGUUUUAAUGAGAAUACGAUGGCUUCUCAUACAGCUACCUCUUCCUAGUGUGCAGGCUACUCGCGCAACACCAAUCAUGCUUGAUGAUGCAUACACAGGGUGACGUCGUCAGAAAUACGGGCCAAUAGAGCCCCAUGAGUCGCGAGGACAUUUGAAUAUGACUCGCUCAUUGCCUCAGUACAAGAAAUCCUCGCCACCGCGCCGCAAUACUGCCGACAAAUAAAGCGAAAAAAAUUGUGCCAUAGCACUACUGAUGGGAUUGGCUUACACUUUUGACUGCUAGAGGAGACAUGGACGUCGAAUGAACGCGGCAUCACUAUGCCAUUGCUGUAAGCUUGUAAAUUUGCCGAUCCGGUUUAUACACCCACCCACCCAUCUUCAUUUUUUUUGGAAGGGGGGAAGGACGGUUUUUCCCUUAAACCUGCCGUUUCUCUAGCCGACUUAAGCCAACGUUCCCUCCAAUGCUCAAAUUUGGCACAAUCUCCUCAGGACGCCAAAUACACCCUACUGCUUUUUACCUCAAAUCAUAUCUUAUAGUUUCAGCGUAUUCUUAGCGGAUACUCCACUUAAUUAAGCUAAUUUUCCCAUCAAUGCUCAAAUUCGGCAUAAGUUCAUCAGAAUGACAAAUCCAUCCUAUUGGUCUUCAGCUGUACCACCAUAUCUUAUAGUUUCAGCGUAUUCUUAGCGGAUACUCCACUUAAGGCAAUUUUCCCUUCCAUGCUCAAAUUUGGCACAAGUUCAUCAGGACGGCAAUUCCAUCCUACUGCUCUUCAGCUGUACCACCGUAUCUUAUAGUUUCAGCGUAUUCUUGCGGACAUUGCGUAUUCAGGUUCUUCGGGAGGAGUUAAGGUCUGCGACUGCCACAUCAACAUUCCCCCUUGUCGUCUCUCGUGGUUAUUAGUGAUUAUCCGAUUAUCGUUUCUAAAAUAGGAGAGGCAUUCAAUCACCUGAGCCACUUUCGAGUCUGGAACUACGUUCAUGAAUGCUCAAGUGUCGCGGUAGAUUGUCUGCAAUAAAACGGAAAGGCGGGCUAGUUGAUUUGGCUGCAUAAUGAUAA